UGCAAGCCUCUUCCCGUCUUAUUUUGAUGAUGAAUAUGAAGGCAUGCUAAGCCGUGCCGGAGCGUAGCGCUCGCCGACUGCACUCCCUCCCCGGGCUCAAGGACUCAGGGGCUCCCUCGCUGCUUCCCCUGCCCACCACCACCACCAGCAGCAGCAGCAGCAGCGGCAGCAGCAACGCCAAAAGUUGUGAUGCUUUUCUUCACCCAGUGCUUUGGGGCUGUGUUAGAUCUUAUUCACCUGCGGUUUCAGCACUACAAGGCAAAGAGGGUUUUCUCGGCUGCCGGGCAACUUGUCUGCGUCGUCAACCCAACGCACAGCUUAAAGUAUGCACCGACCCGCUGUGCAGGUGCACAGACAUCCGUGGAGCAAGGCAUCCUUCCUCCCUGCCAUCACCAUGAAGCAGUGCACGACCCCCAGCUGGUUCCCUGCACAUGCCCACUCUACUCCUGCCCAUGGGAAGGGCACCUGGAGGUGGUGGUGUCCCACCUGAGACAGACCCACCGCAUCAACAUCCUUCAGGGGGCAGAGAUUGUCUUCCUGGCCACGGACAUGCAUCUGCCUGCACCCACGGACUGGAUCAUCAUGCACUCUUGCCUUGGCCACCAGUUUUUGCUGGUCCUCAGGAAGCAGGAGAAGUAUGAAGGCCACCCCCAGUUCUUUGCCACGAUGAUGCUGAUUGGCACGCCAACCCAAGCCGACAACUUCACCUACCGGCUCGAGCUCAACAGGAACCAGAGGCGCCUUAAGUGGGAGGCUACCCCCAGGUCGGUACUGGAGUGUGUUGACUCUGUAAUUUCAGAUGGGGAUUGCCUUGUGCUGAACACUUCCCUGGCUCAGCUCUUUUCUGACAAUGGAAGCCUAGCGAUAGGAAUUGCAAUAACCACCAGCAAAGUUCACAACGCUGAAGAUGAAAUGUGAGGGGGAAAAGGAAGAGGAGAAGGAGGAGGAACAAUGGUGCUCUAGCUGCCUUGUGAGAGUCAGAACUUACAGACUUUUUGGGGGGGUCUCAGGUCUUUUAUGGUAUUUAGUACUUGUCCACAGUGGGCAUUAUGUAAACAUCCUGUGGUUACAGUCUCUGUGUAAUGUAUUUACUGUUUUGUUAAUACAAUUUUAUGAGAAAUUUUAAAGAGGCUAAUCAAUUUAUUGUCGACCUCCAGCAACACUGGAAACAACACUUUCUCCUGGAAAGUGCACCCAGGGUGACUCCUAGAAACCUUUGGCUUGAGCAUGCUGUGCAAAUGUGUUCCCUUCAUUGCCUAACUGCCUGGUAUUAAGGAGGCCCCUGUCCCUGGUAGAAGGUAAAGUAUUCCACGAAGGGACAAGAGCACCCAGGUUUCCAUAUUAGCAAUAGUGAUUUAACUCUUACCCUGUGGUCACAACCAAGUCCCAGGGAGUCUGCAGUUUCAGAGCUCCCUUCAGCUUCUGAGGAACCAACCUUCAUCACCCAGACAAUGAAAGCUUCAGAAGAAAAGCAAGCAACUCUGCUGAACCAGGGUCUGGAAAGCCUUGUUCUGCAUUAAAUUGGGGAUGACAGACAAUGGGUGGUCACUGUGAGCAUGGUUAAAUCUCACUCUUGUAUCAUGAUUGGGCAGUGAGAGGCUUGCUAGCUGGUCUGUCUCCGGGAUGGAUAUAACCACAGCCAGCCAUUGGGGCGUUACCUUUUUAGCUCCUAUUUCCUCAAGCAUUCAAAAAGAGAUUUCCAGAAAAUAAAGUAUCAGAACAGUCCUAAGCUGUGUACUGAUCCUGCUCUUGAAUUCUGUGCCACUUAGACCCACAGCACAUGCUGCUAAAUAUUGAUUUAAAACAAUGCAACUGGAAGAUCUGUUUGCAAAUUGGCUAUGUGGGGGGUGGUGAUGGUCCCUUUCUUCUGCUGAGGGCGUUUCACAGAUGGCCGUGGUCACAAGGAGGCAUUGGGCUUCUCUAAGAGCUUCUCCCUUGGAUGGGUCCUUGGGGAGAGUCAGAGGCAGGUGCUGGCAAUCUGACACUCAGUCCCAUCUGCAGUCAGGCAUGUCUCCUCCAUAAUCAACAGCAGCAGUGAAAUUCCACUGCAGUUGGUGAUGUGUUGAAGGAGGGGAAUCUACAGUGAGUGUGACACAUGAGAAGCAUGGGAAAUUGUCUUUUCCUGUUUUCCCUUCUGCCCAUGUGUGGCUGUGGCCUGGUUGAGCCUGAAUGCUUUUUUGAGAAACAUCUGGUGGGUUGGGUCAGUUAGUGGCUAGAAUGGCUCAUUGCUCAAGUCCCUUGGAAAACAAAGGAAGGGGGGAAGCGAGCUAAGGACAGUCCUUCAGUGUUUCAAAAGGCACCUUGUUGUAGCUAGCUUUGGGUACGCAAAAUAACGGAUGCUAAUCUCUCUCACCUGCUGCUCUGCUGGGAAUUAUUAUAAAUGAUGUGUGAAGUAAAACGAAUUGCAAUUUUCCUGAGAUGAAUGCUAUGCAGGUAACGC